GCGCGGUCCGGGUGGGCGCAUGCGCAGGCGGCGGGCGUUAGCAUGGGGCUGUGCCUGCCCUGCCUGGGGGGCACCGACGUGGUGGAGACCCCCGAUCCCGAAAUGAAAAGAAGACAACUUGCAGAAGCUGCAGAAAAGAGACAAAUGGAGGCCUCAUCUCGGGGCAUUAAGAAUCCAUAUUCUGUGGAGCAAAAAAAGAAGAAACAGGAAGAAAUGGAAAAAAGGAUGGCAAUAUCUGGUUCUGCAGGGGAAGGAGGAGGACUUAGAUGGCAGGUUGGAUAAAAUUUGACUCCUGAAUGGAAGAGGGCUGAAACAGACUACUGCCAAUAACUUGCCAACUGCAAUCCAAUGACCCUUCAUCCUAUGGCUUUUGCUGUUGUUUGCAUAUGAAGAUUCAGCACUUUGCCGUUUUUGUGAGCUAGAUUUAAAAACGUACACUGGAAACAUUUCAUUGGUUUUCAAGCAUUUAACAUGCAAACCUCAGAAUGUAAAACAAGGACGGCCAACACUUUUCACUAUAACUCAAAACCCCAUUAUUUAUUUUUGCGUAAAUAACUACUCUUCAGUCUAGGCAGUGGAAGAUAUGUCAUUUUUUAGUAUAAGAAGCACUACCAAAUAGAAUAGGUGAAUUUCUGCUCUUAGAAAUGGCCUGCUAGAUUUUUCAGGGUGUAUUUAAUUUUACAUUUAUACUCUUCUGCAUUUUUCAAAUAAUAUAGCUAUUUACAGUUAAGCUACUGUGUUCUGUUUUAUACCUCUGAUGAUUUGUGUUUAAACCUGGGGAUUUAGUGCCUUGAAAGAGUCCAAGGAGAUGCUUGAAGAUUCACUUGUAGCUUAAGCAAUUUUCCCGAUACUUUAGUAUGUUCAUGUAUUGCUAAUUUAUAGGCAGAUGUUGGGUUCCCAUCAUAAUUUAUUCUCCAACUGUAGUGGAUUAUUUUAUAAAAUGUAACAUAGACAUCACUAAUAUUGCUGAAUAACCUAAGUCCAUUGUUUGCAGAAUUGGAAAGCUUAUUCCUUCUUUUGUUUUGUUUUUGGUACCACGAGAGGGCAGUGCUGGGCUUAUGUACGUGAUCCAGGUAUCGCUAAACUAUUCUAUAUAACUGGAUUAAUUAUGAGUACUAAUAUUUUUCCAAGGGCCAGAAGCAUUAUCAUUUUUUGUAUUAAAGAAUGAUCAUAACCCUUUUAUUAAAAUUUGAACUGAUCAUGA